GUUCAUUUCCUGCACAUUGUAGCAACACUCAGAGAAACUGAAACGAGCUGGCCCUCUUAAGGCACAGGCUUUAUUCACCUACCAGUCAAGUGGAAAUGCAGCAGGAACUGUGUGGGAACCACUGUUUCAGCAUGAAUAAACAGUGCCCAGAGACUCCCAUACCACAGAAGUGAAAAUUGGUGGAGGUAACAGAGAAGAGUUGGAGCCCGUGGGCUGCUAUAGUGGUUGCACAGCAACCCAAGUCCAGGAAAUACGGCACUGUAGCUCUACUCAGCUGACUGCUCUCAUUCCAGAGCUCGUCGGAAAAGGGCUGAAGAAAGAGUUAAAGCAGGGAGGAAAAAGCUUACUCCAUUCUUUUGUGUAUUCCAUAAGAAACCAAACAUGGCAUCUUCUAUGAGGAGCUUGCCCUCAGACCACAGCCGAUAUCUCGAAUCUUUUCGUCUGUUCCUUGAGAAUUCGACAGAGCACCAAUGCAUGCUGGAAUUCAUUGAGAAGAAGCUGCCGGGCAUAAUAUCGAGCAUUGGAAAUGGCAAGUCUGCAAUCAAUAUUCUAAGUGUAGGUGGUGGUUCAGGUGAAAUUGACCUUCAGAUUCUCUCAAAAAUACAGGCUAAAUAUCCAGGAGUUACCAUUAACAAUGAGGUGAUAGAGCCAAACGAUGAACAAAUCCUCAGCUACAAAGAACGUGUGGCUAAGACACCGAACCUUGAGAACAUAAAGUUUACCUGGCAUAAGGAGACAUCGUCUGAAUACGAAAGUCGAAUGAAUGAGAAAAAAGAGUUUAAGAAAUGGGACUUUAUUCACAUGAUUCAGAUGCUCUACUAUGUAAAAGAUAUCCCUGCUACUAUUCAAUACUUUCACAGUCUGCUGGAAGCUAAGGCUAAGCUCCUUAUUAUUCUCGUAUCAGGAACCAGUGGCUGGACCACGCUGUGGAAGAAAUAUGGACCUCGCUUAUCUCUGAACGAUCUUUGCUUUUAUGACAUCGAAGAGCGACUCAGUCAAAUAGGGCUGAAGUAUCAGAUCUAUGAGCUUCCAUCCACUAUGGACAUAACUAAUUGUUUUAUCAAAGGGAACAAAGAGGGGGAGCUGCUGCUGGAUUUUUUGACAGAAACCUGCUAUUUUAGUAAAACUGCUAGUCUAGACCUAAAAAAUAAAAUAAUGGAAGAACUUAAAAAGCCUGAAUGCAGUGAAGAGAAAGAUGGAAAGGUUUUUUUUAACAACAACUUGAGUGCAAUAGUGAUUGAGCCAUGACUAAGAUCUACUGGAUUUCUCAGUCCAAAACCAAAUGAUCAUAUACAAACAGUUAACCACUUAAAUGUCUUUGUGUGUUUCAUACUUUACCAAUUAAGUUUACUAGGGUAUGUCUGAGAAAGUUUAUAAACAGUUAGGAAAUUAAUAUUAAUAUGUGUAACAAAUGUGCAUUUAAUACAUUACUAAUUCUUCAAAAAUCUAUCUGAAUAGCAAGUUAUACCUUAUUAUAUGGCAAUUCUUUAAUCAGAAUUCAGAUAACUAGCACCAUUAAUCAAAGCCCAGCUAAUACAAAACAAUGCACUUCUGAUGGAUGGGUAAGGAGUAAUACUGACCUUGAACAGAUAUUGUUAUAAUUUAACUGCUCUCCCAUUCACGUAAUUCCAAAUAUAUUUUAUUUCACCUAUAGCUUCCCUUCCCUAUGAAUCAGAUUCAUAUACAGAGCAAAUUCUGCAGAGAUAAAGCUAUAGCUCUCAUAGACCAUGUCUCAAAAUGAACAGGCUCGCUGGGCACUGGUGAUCAUAACGUCCAUGCAUGCAGAACAUAUUGACUCUUCACAUCAGAUGCCGAGAUCUCUGCAGCACUGGAUUAGAGAACAAGGUAGUAUGCAAAUCCGUAGUAGGGAUGAGUUGCUGCUGAUCUUUUAAACCAAAAUGUUGCCUCAUGCUUGUAUUUUCAGUUAGAGAAAUACGUAUUUCCUCUCAUUACUCUUAACUACAUGUGUCUGGUGGCCUCCAUAAUGUACAAGAUGUAAAAAUAAAACUUAAAGGAUGAAACAGAAA